AUGGAGGCUUUACUGGGACAGCACCAGAGCGCGCUGCACAAGCAAUAUUUCGCCACAGAUGAUGCUGCGAAGUGAUGAUGCCGUGUGCUUCAUGCGUCUCCCAACAUUUAGGAGCAACAAGUGUAAGAUGGACGAGUGGAUCUCCAGUGUGAGAGAGGAGAGGCGUGACUGCACCUGAAAGAUACAAAACGAAUGCUGCGUCAGUCUCUAGCUGUGCCAGGCGCGCUGUGGGAAUGGAUACCGGCAGUUUCCUGGCAGGGAUUUACUUUUUACUUCUGUCCGUCAAUGGCUUUAUCUCUUCCUCACCGGCGCCAGGCUUUUGUCCCGACCGCUGCGACUGUCAGCACCAACAGCACCUCAUGUGCACAAACCGCGGGUUGCGCACUGUGCCAAAACCUGGCGCGCGAACGUCCGAGGAGGUCUUGAUCUUCAGCCUUGGGGGUAACGUCAUCAGUAACAUCUCUGCCUUCGACUUCAUACGGUACAGUAAUCUACUGAGGGUGAAUUUACAGUACAAUCAAUUACAAACGAUACACCCAAAAGCAUUUGAGAAGCUCUCGAAGUUGGAGGAGCUGUACUUGGGACAUAAUCUUUUAUCAAAUAUACCUGCUGGGACUUUACAACCUCUGAAGAAACUGACUGUUCUCUAUGGGAAUAAUAAUGACAUCAAGAAAGUCACACCGGAGCUCUUUGUCAACUUGGACAAUCUUGUUAAAUUGCGUCUUGACGGCAACUCAAUAGAAAUUCUGCAAGACUCCGUCUUUAAAAGUUUACCCAGUCUACGUUAUCUCCACCUGGAAUCAAACAAACUGCAGCACAUUCACAGAAACGCGUUCUCUAAACUCAAUAACCUGCGCUUUCUAAACCUGGCACACAACAAGCAGACUUCCGUGAGCAAUGCCCUCACUUUUUCCCAACUCAGAGCUCUGACAACUUUGCUGCUGUCUGAAAAUGAAAUACAAUACGUGGAAAACCACGUUUUCCAGAACCUUAAAAAACUGUCCAAGCUGUCCCUCAGUAACAACAGAAUCUCUCGCAUGGACAGCGGGGCUCUGAGGGGGCUGUCAAGCCUAAGACAGCUUCUGAUUGACGGCAACGAGCUGGAGGAAAUCCCCGCCGGUCUGCUUGACUCCCUGGAGCGAAUUGAGGAGCUGGACUUCAGCCGCAACCGGAUUUCCAACGUGGAUUCUCUAGCCUUUUCCCGACUGAAACAUCUGAGGGUGCUGAAGCUCAAGAACAACAUGCUCACCAGCUUGUCAGGGGACAUUUUUGCACUCAACAACGUGCUUUACGACCUGGAUCUCCAUGGCAACAACUGGACGUGUGACUGUCGCUUGCAGGAGUUGAAAAGAUGGAUGACUGCUGCACACUCUCAGGGCAAAUUGUUGACUGUUUUUGUGCAAUGUCAUUACCCAGCAACUCUGAGGGGAAAAUAUCUGGACUAUGUGAACAGUUCCCAGCUGCAGCCCCUGGGGAACUGGACCCACUUGUGUGAGAGCCAAGCUGAGCCUGAGGAGAUCCAGGGAGGGGAAGUGCUGGUUAAGGCAGAGGUGAAAGAGCUAGGAAUGGUAGAUGCAAUAAAGCAGAAGGAGGGAGGUGAGGAAAGAGAGGUGGAGGAGACAGAAGGUAUACAUCUGAGAAAUGGGGAUAGUGCUGGGCUUAAAAGGAGGGAAAAGGUGGAGAAAAUGAAGAGAGAGGGUCAGGAGGAUGUGGGAGUCCAAGGUGACCAAGGGGGUCUAGAGCUGGUGGCACCCUCUGCUUCACCUGAGAGAAAGAAAUCAAAGAAAGAGUUGAUUGGAAAGCGUGCCAAAGGGAGACGAAGAUCAAAUAUCAAUUCCAGAACUGAUCCACCAAAUACUUCAACACAAAGUUAUCCUGGAAACCAAAACGUGAACACCACUGAUCCAAACACAAGUUUCACGACUAUCCAGACCGGAGAAAAGUUUGAUCUUCUGAGAUCAGACAAUGAGAAGUCUCUCCCGGUUAUCACAGAUCCUUGUGUGUUCAACCGUCACUUCAUUACCAAUGUGUCAGUGGAUCAGGUGACCUCCAACAUGGUCACUGUCCACUGGACCACCAAGGAUCAUCACCGCUACACACCAGGACAUGGUCCAGGCUUAGAAGAAGUCCACUAUCGGAUACUUUUUGACCGGUUUGGGUCUCAAGAUCGGUUCCCCCGCUACGUUUACACUCGUGGAACAUCUCGCUCAAUAACCCUCCGAGAACUGAGCUCAGACGUGACCUACAUGGUGUGUGUGGAAGGCGUAGUUGGUGGGUCCGUGUGCCAGGUUGCACCGCGUGACCACUGCACAGGCCUGGUUACUCUACCUGACAAUCCCAGCCGUGAGGGUGCUCUGACCUCUGACCUCCAGCUGGUGACGGUGGCCACAUUGGCCGGGAACGCCGUGCUGUUGCUGGUGGUGGGAGGAGUCUGGCUGGGGAGGAGCCUGAAAAGGAGGCUGCAGAAGAGGAAGUCAGCUGUGCACGUGCGACAUAUGUACUCCACAAGGCGACCGUAUCGUCCCACCAUGGCGUCUGCCUCGGUGUCGGCUGAUUUCACCAGCUACCAGAGCAGUAGACCUGCACGACUUGCACCACUAGAAGAAGGGGACCUUAUAGAGUUCCCUUGUGACCGUUUCCUUGACAGCAGCAGUGUUCGCAGAGACAGUGACAUGCAGAGAUUCUCAGACUGAAGCCAUAAACCCCAAAAAAUGUUUAACUGCAAAACAGGAACACAUUGAUAUUUUAUCUUUAGGAUACAGUCCACCCUCUAGACGUGGUUUCACAUUAAAACAUGUUGAGUUGUGGCUGUGAAACCAAAGUGACAGUCCCACUUUGUGUUGUUUUGGUUAUUUUUUGACCACAAGAGAACUUUAAAGUGACAAAAGAACAGCUGAGCUCAUCAGUGCCUUCUCAGACGCCAGAGGAAGUCUGACUUCCUCUCUCCACUUCGUGGCUUUCCUCUUUUAUUUCCUCGCACCUGCAAAUGUCUCUGAAUGUGUGAUUUUGUUUUAUUUUUUUAUUUGUGAAUGCAAGUGUGAAUGUAUGAAUGACGAUUCAUCACUGAUUUCAACUAUGGUGCUAAUUUCAAGUUCACAGACGUCAUAUUGUCUCAUAUUUUUUGUACAAUGUGUAAUGAUGGCUGCUGGUUGGCAGGAAACAUCACUUGUUUUGUAUCACAUCUAUCAUGUUUCAUACUUUUUUUAUAUAAUUUUUGCAUUACAUGAAAAAGUA